AUGACACCGCUAUUUCCUCCGGAAAUUUAUCGAAACGUUUUUAAAUUGCUCGAUACGAAUUCGCUACAUUCCUGUCUUCACGUAUCUCGUCUUUGGUGCACUCACGUAAUACCCUUGCUAUGGCAAAACCCGCUACAGAUCGUAUUCAACAAAGAAGGUCCACAUGUGGAAAAUGUGUCAUCAAUCGUUGAAACCUAUUUAUCUUGUCUAUCAUCCGAUUCUAGAGUUAAAUUGGUCGAGGGUGGGAUCGUACCGCCAAUGCGCGCACCUACCUUUAAAUAUCAUAAAUAUUUGAAUUCUUUGAAUUAUUGGUUGUUUCAUGAUGCCAUCUCAACCAUGUUUCUAAAGGAAUCGCCCAUUCAAAAGCGAACGAAAAAAAAACUGAUGGGAUUGAUCCUAGAGGAAUUGCUUAAAUUGUUUUUCAACCAUUCAGAGAACAUUAGGAAUCUCGAGUAUGGUACCCCCGAAGUGUUUGACUACCGCAAUCUGGAACAAAGCUUAGAUCCGGUCUUCAUACUUCCAAACGAACUAUCCGAUUGUGACAUCUUUCGUCUUUCGAAAUUGAAAAGCUUUAGUUGUCGAGCGGACACUCCUCCUGAGCUGAUUUACACGAUCAGCAGAGUAUCCAAGGGACUACAAAAGAUAGACAUUCAACAGGAAUCAAAUGAUGAGGCCCUGAGCGCAUUGAUAGAUUCUCAAACCAAUCUACAGCACUUUGAAAUGACCACAUGCAGUGAAGCUAAAAAGGUUCUAUCGGCACUCAAGAAAAAGUCUAAAACUCUGAGGAAGGUGUCGAUCACCGGAGGAUGUGCGAUUUCUUUUGAUUUCUUUCUUCAAUGCCCGAACCUUGAGGAAUUAUCUUUAUUGUUUCCCGUAAGACUUCCCGGUAGCGAAAGAAAAUGGAUUUCGCUUGAUGAGGCCGAUGCUAUUUGGAACUGCACAGAAUUGCCAAGUUUAUUAGAAUACCACAUUCAAUUUCUGGCCGUCUUGCACGGCCAGGCCUUACAAUAUCAAAAUAUUUAUUCAUCUCAAGUAGAAUCAAGUUUAUCCUCAGAGAAGGAUUACAUCUCACCACAAAAUGACGAAGGUUCCGCCACCAUCGACACAGCGAGACUGAUGAGGCUCGAGAUCCGUCGAAGCAAUCAACGAAUCAAAAAAAUAAUCGACUUGAUCAAGAUCUCCAGUGGUACACUUAAAACGCUCACCUUGGAUCUGACGAAUUCAAAAGAUCCCGAGAAAUAUCCACAUCUCAUAUCAACGAUUAUUCAACUUUGCUCAAAUCUUGUAAGCAUUCAUCUUUACAUUCCUAAUCAAUCGCUAUCAAUUCUUCCAAGCCUAUUUAUAAAAUGCUCAAAACUAGAGGAGAUACUUUUGACAGGUGAUCCGGAUCAACAAGACAUUAGUAAUGUCCUUUACAGGCUGGGACCUGUUGUCCCUCGCAGAUUACAAUUUUUAGCUUUGGGAGUGCAAACUUGGACAUACAAUAUGGCAUCUAUUAAUAAUUUUUUUCAUCAUUGUAAAGAUAGAAUAGACAAUUUACCCUUUAAUUUUGCAUUAGAUAUUAAUUCAAAAUCUGAUUUCUUUAAACUGUGCGAGAAAUAUCGAAAGAAAGGGUCACAUUCGCUAAUGAUGUAUGUGCUGUACGGGGUUGAUUCGGUGUCCAUUGAUUUGGGAUGUAGGAUUAUGUUAGAUUAUUUAGACGAUGAUGGUAACUGGUUUCUGUACUUAUGGGCUUGUGAUACCUUUGAUGACAGAGAUUACGGAAUUAAUCCUUAG